UCCCAGCUUUUAACCUUUCUUCCUUGAUGGAGUGCAUAACAAUCCCUUCAAAAUCCACCGCACAGCAUCCCUAAACCAGAAAGAAAGAAAAAACAAGGGGUGAUCAUCCAUUCUGUCUUCAAUGGAGGAAAGGAAAGGAGAUCUGAGAAUUUACGUCGCCGUAGCUCUAUUUUCUGCAUGUCUUGUUUCUGGUGGAGCUCUUCUUGCUCUUUACAUGUUCCUUCCUAUAAGCAACGUAAAAUCAUGGUAUGCCAUCGCAGGAAUGAUUCUAGUCGCCGCGCCAUGGGCAUUUUGGUUUCUGACCUACAUUUACCGAUGCCUUAGACCUGUUGACUAUACACUUUCUGAACCAUGCAAAUCCCCCGCAGGAUCCCCAUUUUCGCGCAAAGAAGGUGCUGCAAUGUCACCAAGGAAUCCACCGUUUGAUGAUGAGCCCCGGAGGCCUUCUUCAGAUGGUAUACGCCACGUGCAUUUUGGUGGGGUGGUGGUUGUGAGCGAUGACGUUGAUAACAACGGUGGUCACCAAGGUGGACUUACGCAUUCAGAAAUCAAGCAUAAAGAGGAGAAUUCUGUUAAUUCCAGGGAAAGUGAGAUCCCUCUACCUUUCUUUGUUGUCCCAAAAAAGUGAAAGUGGCAAAGGUGCAAGGAUGUUCUAAUUCAUUUUCUCCUGGAUUGCUUAAUUAGGCCGUUCAUUCAUGUAUCCAAUGAAGGCAUGGACCAUGAUAACCAAUUAGAAAAGAGAAAUGGCCUGAAAUAUGAAAAUGCUAGAAAACGUUUUGGUAGGCAAGGAGUGAAUGUGUAUAUAUGACCCAAUGUUCAUAUGCUACAAGACCGAACGAGAAAGAAGACUUGGGGGGCUGCAAUAAAGUGGCAGGAAUAUUUUGAUUAGAUUGUUAGUUUCAUCCUUUCUUUUUUAAUUUUUUUUUUGCCUUUGUAUGCAAGAACAAUGCAUGUACCAUCAGAAAUGGGAAGAAAAGGAGAAUUUCUGGUAAAUUCAGCAUAUGCUUUGAUUCGUCUUUCAUUCUAGUGAAUGUAUGUUGAACUGGUUCCACUACUGUUGAUUUUUGAUAAUUCUAAAUGAUAUUAAUUUGAA